AUGCCAUCGGAUAGCAACACUAGAGCUUCUACCUCUCACGAAGAACAUGGAAAUGGCCGUCGAAGCGGUCGCAGUAGUGACCGUGACCGUGGCGGACGCGGUGGCUGGAGGCCCAGAAGAUGCCGGUUCUGUGGCCACAGGGGCCAUUUAAUCGCGACCUGCUACCUAUACCGCGGGAUAGAAAUACUGGGAGCCAGACGCGUUGCGGUCGAAUGGCGACAGAGACUUCAGCGCCGCCACUACCGUCACCGUCAGCAGUAUCAGCGCCAGAGUCAGCACUACCAAGCCCGCCAUCACCAAGAUCACCACAAUCACAACCAGCAGCAUCAGCACCAGCAGCAAGCGCAGGAGCAUUCGGAACUGCAAGAACAGCAGGAACAGCAGCAGGAACAGUAA